CCCCACAUUGGCGGUGCGAAACUAUUAGUGAGCGGUUGUUUAAAACCGAGGGUAAAGUUAGAUUGAAAUAACAGUGAGUGCAGCUCCAACAUGCUGCACAGGAGACCCUAAGGAUCAGAUUUUGGAAGAACACCUGGAUUACUUUUAAGGUGAUUUUUUUUCAAAAACACUUGGUUGUUUCAAACCAUUUUUUUUUAACCUGAGGAAUUAAAGCUCAAGAAGAGGGACAUGGCGAGUGAGAGGAAGCCGAGGCUUUGUGUCAUGACAAAAGGGGACAAAGGCUAUGGAUUUCACUUGCACGGCGAAAAGGGCAAGACUGGACAAUAUAUCCGCAAAGUGGAGCCCGACUCGCCUGCGGAGGAGGCUGGCUUGCGCGCAGGGGACCGGGUGGUCGCCGUGAACGGUGUGAACGUGGAGCGAGAAACGCACCACCAGGUGGUACUGCGGAUCAAGGCCGUGGACAAGGUGACCAGAUUACUGGUGGUGGACCAAGAGACGCACGAAUGUCUCCGCAACCUGCGCCUCACGCCCACAGAGGAGAUGGCCGUCCCCGGGGCUGAGCCUCCGCCCCCUUUCACUCCUCCGCCACCGCCCCAGUCGACUCCUAGCCCAUCGCCUUCGGUACCGUCCUCACCUGGCAAGAAGAAGCGGGAGAACGGUUCGGUGUCCUUGCAGUCCAUGUUGCAGAGGAGUCAGAGUUGUCAGGCGCAGAAGCCGAGCGGGAGACAAACGUCGCCAGCGGUGAAGAAGGCGGGGCAGACCCGGCUGGAAGAAGCCCCCGCAACCGUUACCCAAGCCCGGUCGAGGCUCCACGGCGACCCCGCCGAGUUUGCUCCUCGCCUGUGCCACCUGGUGCGGGCGGACACUCGCUACGGCUUCAACCUACACAGCCAUCGCUCCAGACCUGGCCAGUACAUCCGCCUGCUGGACGCCGGCUCGCCUGCGGACCAAGCCGGACUACGACCUCAGGACCGAAUCGUUGAGGUCAACGGCGUGAACGUGGAGGUCAUGCGUCACAGCGAGGUGGUGGCGUUCAUAAAGAAGGGAGGGGACGAGACCUGGCUGCUGGUGGUGGAUCCCGACACGGACGAGUACUUCAAGAUGAAAGGGAUCACGCCCACCGUCAGCCACAUCAAAGACUACAGCGGUCCAUACGUGUCGAAAAGCUCGCCGAACCCGCUGAUGAACGGCAGCUCCUCGCCGCAUUCCUUCAGGUCAAAGAACUCUGUCCGUAGUAACGGCAGACAGGCCGCCGGCAAAGAGCGAGGCCGUUAUUCGGACCCUUUCGCCGACAUCGGCCUGAACGCCACGGCGGCGGAGGUCAAGCAGAAGCUCACCGCCAAAGAGAAGAGGAAGGCGCCAGAGAUGGACUGGAUGAAGAAAUACGAGCUUUUCAGCAACUUCUGAGAAGAAAAAGAAGCAAGAUCGCAACCCAAGGAUGGAUUUUUCUCUUGAAAAAGCUACUUUAAAUAUUUACUUAAGUCCUUUUAUUGUAUAUUUAAAGUGUUUGAACGGAUAGAAAAAGCAAAAACCACUCACUGAUGAACGUGACAAGCUGGUUCAAGGACAGGUGAUGCUGAAAGUGUCCAGCAGAGGGCAGCAUUGCACCACAAGUACGAGCAAUGUGUUGUUUAUUCCCAUCAGAAUCGGCUUUAUCGGCCAAGAAUGCUUAACAGACGUGGACUUGGUAGCCAGCGCUCUUUGUUCAAUGUGAAACACUUACUAGUUUAGCAGAAGUAAAAAGUGGAGAAUGUAUUUUUGAGGGCAGUGUUACAUUGUAAAUAUGAUCAAGAGGGGACUGCAAAGCACUGACACGAAACAAUGAACUCUUGCGCAAUAAUUAACAUACUGGUGUUCGAAAACUAUCCACCAUAAAAUGAUAUUUACAUACCUGAAUAAAGGAUUAGUUACAGA